UAGAAACGGACAAUGCACUAGUGUGCAAUGCUAGAAUUGGUACGGGACAUUUCAGUGUUCUCGAAUACCAAAAUCGGCUAGGAAUUUCACAGCCCUGUCACCCGACAACCACACCCCAGUCAUAGUACGUACUUUACUUUGACCGCUCUCGUUCAACUGCGACUUCGCAACCUCAUUCCCAAUAUUCGGAAAUGACGGUGAACAUUCUGAUUGUUGGAGCUGGCGCUGUCGGAGCUUUCUAUGCCUCUCGUCUGGCCCAGGUGCCCGCUGUACAGGUCUCAGUCAUCUGUCGCUCGAAUUACCAGGUCGUGAAGGCCAACGGCUUCUCCGUGACCUCUCCGCAAUACGGCUCCUUUACAUUCAGACCCCAGCAGACGUUCGCCAACCCCAAAGAAGCAGUCGACUCGGAGAUCGAAUGGGACUAUAUUGUCGUGAGCACGAAAGCUUUACCGGACGUCAGUGACGAUUCUGUCAUCCUGCAGGGACUGGUGAAGGGUACACAUACCGCAAUCGUCUUGAUACAGAACGGCCUGGGAGUGGAGGAACCAUACACCAAACGCUUCCCUUCUGCUGUCAUAUUGAGUGCCGUCACCAUCGUCAGCGCGGCGCAAACAUCUCACGGAGUUAUCAAGCACAAUCGCUGGACUCGAAUCAGCAUUGGACCUUAUCUUCCCGCAUCGGGUUCCACAAGCACAACAGCAGCAGCAGCAGAAGAACAGAUAGCAAUUGAGUCCAAUAGGAACUUUGUACAGCUGCUUCAAGCCGGCGGGAUCAAAGAUGCGGAAGCCUACUCAUCCUCCAAAUUGCAGAUGGUGCGGUGGCACAAGAUUGCGAUUAAUGCGAGUAUGAACCCAUCUGCAGUUCUAUCUGGUGGCUCGACGAAUAAUGCUAUGUCCACGGACCCGGAACUGUAUCUCCAUCUGAAAGGAGUCAUGGAAGAAGUGUUAUCUACCGCCCCAAAAGUGUUGGGCACGCCUUUGCCAAAGGAAUUUGCUACUAGUGAAGCCAUAUUGAGAAGCACGCAGAGGAACGCAAGUGGUAGUAAGCCCAGCAUGCUCUUGGAUUGGGAGUCGGGCAAGACAAUGGAACUUGAGGUUAUUUUGGGUAAUCCCAUCCGGAUAGCAAGAGAGAAAGGGUUGGAAAUGCCCAGACUACAGAGUUUGUAUGCUCUCUUGCGGAUGGCCCAGGAGAACAGAGAAGCGCAGAAACGGAGCAGUAAGAUCUAAUCAUCGAAUUAUGGUGUUGUCUAAUAUUACAUACGUUCCUCUGCUUCUUCCAUCCCCUCUGCUGGCUUCUCCAUUAUGUCCCAGUCCCGACAGUCUAGGACGAGCAUGUGUCCCGGCGCAUGAGCCAUUAUGGUACCCUGCAGACCCGCUCUCAUUACAGCCUCCUGUGGAGUCACACCGCAUCCCCAAAAGACAGGAAUUUCUUCCUCAUUCCCUUCACUAUGACCUAGCGGCCGUCCGUCAAGCGUCAAUGGUGUGUCGCCCCAUUCUGGUUGGUCGAUGUCCGUGAUUCCCAGUUGUUGGAUCGCAUCCCAUCCCCAUGCAAGCGGCUCUCCAUGCGUAGCCGUAAACGGCCUGGUAAUAUUUCUCACUGCCUCAAUCUCAGACCUUCGAUAUGGUCUCAUCGAUACCACAUAAGUCCCUG